AACGGGCAGAGAACGGGCAGGGAACCGGCAGGGAGCGGGCAGGGAACGGGCAGAGAACGGGCAGGGAGCGGGCAGAGAACCGGCAGGGAACCGGCAGGGAGCGGGCAGGGAACGGGCACAGAACGGGCAGAGGGCGGGCAGGGAACCGGCAGGGAACCGGCAGGGAACCGGCAGGGAGCGGGCAGGGAACCGGCAGGGAGCGGGCAGCGGAGCAGCAACAGCAGCGGCCGCAGGUGCAGCCGCCCCCGGUCCGGCCGAGCGCGGCGAGAGCGGCCGGAGCCACCAUGGCCCGGGGGGGGCCCUGAGCCGGGGACAUCCCUGCCCCUCGCUAUCGGCCCCCGCUGAAACAGAACGGAGGGAAAGGAGAAAAACCCACCCGAACCCGCUCGGAAUUGGGGCUCUGGCGAAGGCGGCAGCGGCUGGAAAAUGCAUCUUCCUCGGAGCUGCCUCCUCCUCCUCAUCCAGGGGAGCAUCGCGCUGCUGGUGAUCCGUGACCAAGAAGAACUGGGAAAAGGUGCAGAGCAACGUGAACCCGAGGCCCGGGAGAGAGCGCGGGUGCAGGAGACGAGGGGGCCGCUCUCGCCAAAGACCCUGGGAACUCCAGCCCUCCUGCACAACACGACCCUCCUGGAGCUGCUGAGCAGCCCUCGGGAGCUGUGGGGUGUCCUGGACAACCUGUCCCAGCGGGACCCCCCCCCACACCCCAGAGCACAGAGGGACUUGGGCUCAGCUUCAGGCAAGCUCAAAAAGAUUUUUGGCUGGGGAGAUUUCUAUUCCAAUAUCAAGACAGUGAAGUUGAACCUCUUGAUCACCGGAAAGGUGGUAGAUCAUGGCAAUGGCACCGUCAACGUCUUCUUCCGACACAACUCUACCGGGCAAGGGAACAUCUCCGUCAGCCUCGUCCCCCCCAACAAGGCGGUGGAGUUUGACCUGGAGCAACAGAUCUUCAUCGAGGCCAAAGAAUCCAAAAUCUUCAACUGCCGUGUGGAGUACGAGAAAGUGGAUCGUGCCAAGAAGACCACGCUCUGCACCUACGACCCGUCCAAGACCUGCUACCACGAGCACACACAGAGUCACGUCUCCUGGGUCUGCUCCAAGCCCUUCAAAGUCAUCUGCAUCUACAUCACCUUCUACAGCACGGACUACCGGCUGGUGCAGAAGGUGUGUCCUGACUACAACUACCACAGCGAUGUCCCCUACUACCCCUCGGGGUGACGCUCUGCCCGGCUCGGGGUGUCCCGGUGACGAGCGGGUGCGGGGGGGCGGGGGGAGGGACGGGGACGGUUUUGUAAGCGGGGACGGGAGCGCGGGAGUCCCUGGAAACCAGAAACGAGGAAGGAAGAGGAGGAUUUUCCAUUUUCCCCAAAAGCUCCAAUGCCAGGAGGAGGAGUUUUAGGCUGUGGGUACCAGCAUCGCUAAGCCUGGCCUGGAUCCGCGGUUGGUAGAGCCUGGUCUGCGAAGGCAGGGUCUGAAUCCGGGACACAGAAAAUGGGACAGAAAGGCACAGUUGGGACUCGCGUUUCUCGGUACAAUGACGGGUUUGGCUGGAUCCAGGUGACGUGGCCCUGGGGGCGGGUGGAAGAGCCCGGGGAGGACCUGGGUGGGGGGUGAGGAGGGACCUGGUGCCCCUGGGGGCUGUGAGAGUCCCCAGGCAGCUGCAGCAUCUCCCAGUGUCCCAGUGCGGCAGAGUGGGACCCAGGGCUGAGCUUCCCAUGUGGGGAUGGGAACGGGAGCCAGAGGGACCUUGCCGGAGUGUCCCCCCCCCAGCUCACAGCGGCAUGGGGGGCGCUCAGGGAGCCGGAACUGUGAAUUGGCAGGUAGAGCAGCCCUGGCGGAACCUGUCAGAUGUGCUGACACAAUCCGUGAUUCAUGCGUGUCCCCUGACACGCGCUGAUUCAUGCGUUUGCCCUUCAUCUCCCCCGAGCUCCGUCCCGCCGGCCCCAGCGCCGCGCACGGACGCUGCGCCAAGGGGAGCUCUGAUUGUGGCGUUUAAUCGACUCGGAAGGGAAAAAAAAAGAACCAAAACCAACAGAAAAACAAAACAAAAUCACAAACCACAACAACGUUGUCCUUGAGAGAGAAAAUAAAGUUUUCCCGGUGGCACCGA